AUGGCGCAACAACAUCCUCGAUCUCAUCGUUACCGUCGUCUGCUCAAGCGUUUGUACGAAGCCAUCUUUCUACUGCAGAGAUUAGGCCCUCCUGCGAGACCUCACACGAUAAUUCACUAUGACACCCUGAAUGGAUUGGCCACCCAGCAGAGGUUUCUCAAAACCCUCGCCUUCAUGGUUGAUUUUAAGAAGGGCGGCGAUACCAUUGCGGCCAUCGCAGUCGAAGAGACAGCCCAAGAUUUCCAUUUCGUGGUUGCUGUCAAUGAUCAGAGUCAAAAGGAAACAGCAAGGAUGGUGCUCGAGAACUACUUAAACCAGCUGGUCAAGAUCUUUGCGCUUCCCCCGGAGCAAUAUCAUGAGCAUGGAGACACAAUUCUGCUGCACCGCGUCGCGCACUUUAGCAAGAUCAGACUCAAAAAGGAGUUGAAACUCUUGCAAUCGACUGCCAACAAGUGUAUCAAUUCUCUCCAUGACUCGCAAUCGAGCAGCGCUCAAGGACUGAUCAAUUUCCUUCGUCUCCUCGGUGCCGACACCGGUAAGAAUCCCGUCUUGAGCUGCCAAAGAGCUUAUUCCGCGGAGAGUGACCCAGUGCUCAACGAAGCACGACAUAUUGGUCGCGAUCCUGAAGAUGGGAGCAAUCCUCCCGCUGGCGUGGUGAACUUCAAGAAGCUGGUCCACUAUGUUCAUCGCGUUGCAGCUCACCUGCGCUCAGUCAAACGCCUCAUUGACGAUGGAGCACGUCUGAAGCCUCUUCUAGAGCGCUACCGUGUGACGGCUAUGGGAUCCUCAAACGCAUCUUGCCAGCCAACGAUCCAAGGCAUGAAGCCAUGGCGACACAACUUAAAGCAGAUCAAUAAACAGACAAGCCUCGAAGCGUGGAUCCAGGACCGCUUCGCGCCAGAGGAGGCAGACAAGGGAAGCAUUCACUGCGAGGUACAACUCCUUGAGCAUUUCUACCAAAAUAAGCUCAGGUUCGCAAGGGACGACCCGUACAUCGCUUGCAGCAAGCCUUCUUGCUUCUGUUGUGAGCUGUACUUCCGGCACCAUUCAUUACAGUGUGCUCAGCUCGAUACUCACGGGCGAGUGUACCCCAACUGGGCUCCGCCACUCCUCGCGGAAGGGAUCAACGACGCCGCCUGGCCUGAGCAGCGCCACGUCCUAGGUGAGAUUGCUCAUGCUCUCGGGAACCUCGUCAUCUCGCGCUUGGAACGGCUUGGUAAUAUCGCGCGGAACGGGGCGCUCUUCGACUCUCUCGAUGGAAACACAGUCUCGGGAGUCGGCUUUGUCGAGUUCGCGGACGAAACGGACCUGACUGGAAAUGAGAGGAACUCGAGUGGUAGUGAGGACAGUGAUUCUGAUCAUUCAGGCGGUGCUCCGCUGUAG